ACGGUCUGGGAUUUGGCGCUUUGCUCUUUGUCAGUGAUCCGUAGUUGGAAGCGCAUGUUUUAUUAGUUGCGGUUAGGAAGUUUCUGCGACGGAAGCCAAAAUUCCUGUCUUAGAACAGAAGUAUAUAAGAGCAAUUUCUUUUCCAGAAAAGAUAACAGUUAAUACAAUUCAUUUACACCGUGGUUGAAAUGUGUGUAUGAACUGAGCUUCUAAGCAUCAAAAUUAGAGUGCCCGCGUGUUUGCCGGAACUUGACGCCCGUAAAUAUAGAAAUGGUAUCAGAAGCGACCUGCAUAUUUCAGGGCGUCGUAACUUUUUUGUUAAUCGAAUAUUUGUGGGAAUUAUACUUAUCUAUACGGCAGCACAAGGUUUAUCAACAAGCAAAUAAAGUUCCUGAAGAGCUGAAUGAAAUUAUAAAUGAAGAAACAUAUAAUAAGGCGCGAGUAUAUGGACUGGAUAAGAGCUCGUUCAGCAUCAUCAAAGAUCUGUUUGGCACCAUCACAACUGUUGUCAUCAUUUUGGUGAAUGGUUUUGUGCAUUUCUGGAACAUUGCCGGUAUUAUUAUCUCUACCCUGGGUUAUGAUGCAGAUAAUGAAAUCCUUCGAAGUGCUGCAUUUAUGCUCACACUGAAUAUAUUCAACACUAUUACCACCUUACCAUUUUCAAUUUAUCACACAUUUGUGUUGGAAGAGAGGCAUGGCUUCAACAAGCAGACGGUUGGCUUCUUCAUAAAGGACAAGAUAAAGACUUUCAUUGUUGGCCAAGUGAUAAUGCUUCCAGUUAUAUCAGCAGUCAUUUACAUUGUUAAGAUUGGUGGAGAUUAUUUCUUUAUCUACUUAUGGAUCUUUGCAAUGGCUGUGACCUUCAUUCUUCUCACUGUUUAUCCCAACUGCAUAGCUCCACUGUUUGAUAAAUAUACACCGCUACCUGAAGGAGAAUUGAGAACAUCCAUAGAGGAACUGGCAGCUAGUAUAGAUUUUCCACUUUACAAACUUUAUGUUGUGGAAGGUUCCAAGCGAUCCACACACAGUAAUGCGUAUUUCUAUGGAUUCUUCAAGAACAAGCGUAUUGUUCUUUUUGACACCUUGUUGAAGGAUUAUGUACCAGACAAUGCUACUACAAGUGAUAUUAAAGAUGUUGCAACCUAUGAGAAGAAAGGAUGUAAUAAUCCUGAAGUUCUUGCAGUUUUGGCACAUGAGUUAGGUCAUUGGAAGUUAAAUCAUGUGCUGAAAAAUAUUGUCAUCAUGCAGAUGAACCUGUUGUUAAUAUUUUUAGUAUUUGGAUUGCUCUUCCAGUAUGAAGCCAUGUACCGUGCAUUUGGAUUCCAACAUGAGAAACCAAUAUUAAUCGGUCUUGUGGUGGUCCUUCAGUUCAUCUUCUCCCCAUAUAAUGCUAUUUUAAACUUUCUUAUGACGAUUCUGAGUCGUCGAUUUGAGUUUCAAGCUGAUGCAUUUGCCAAACAACUUGGGAGAUCGAAGUAUCUGCGAGAAGCCCUGAUUAAGUUGAACAAGGACAACCUAGGAUUCCCAGUAUAUGAUUGGAUGUACUCCAUGUGGCAUCAUUCUCAUCCCCCACUCUUGGAGAGGCUCAAAGCUCUUGAUAAAACUGAUUGAGCAUUCCAUUGUGCAGCUGCAUUUCAUAAAGAGUGAAAGUUUCAUCAGAUGUAAGUGGAAGGAGAGAAACAAGUACAGAUUAUGUUGUAGAUGGUGAGCAGCAUACCAUAUUUACUCGCAUAACAUACACACCUCUACUUUUAAACAAAUUAUGGGGGAGGAAAAUGAAGUACUGCAUUUUGGUCACAAAUUUUUGGUGGAAAGUGGAAAACAUUAAAUUUGCACUUUCGUGUACUGCCUGGCUGACUGCUCUCUCUCACUGGCAAAGUAUGGGAAUUAAUGGAUGUUUUACAUUGUUUUACAUUGCAGAACUCUCAAAAUCCAGACAUGAGUGGUUAGGAUGGAAGGAAAAAAGGUACAUGCUAGGGAUACUCACAGUCAGUAGAGUCCAUACGUAGUUUUUGCUGCUGAUGUGAGCCUGCAUGUGAGGAGUUGUUUCUUAUUAUCAAUUGUGGUGGAGUAGCAGACUGUUCAAUUUGUUUGAAAAUACUUAAUUAAAUGAAAAAGUACAAUCUAUAGAAACAAUACAUUCAAUACCAUGCAGUGCAUCUAUUAAUAAAAGUGCAGCAUUUAUGCUUUAUAAGUGAGCUUAGAAAAAUAGUUUUGUUAACACAGUUAAUUGACCUUAAUUCUUAUAGGAUUUGAGGUUCACAGCAGUGGUUAUGAGGUGUUCUGUCUUCUGAGAUCUAACAUUUUGUAGUCCAGGGAAAGUCAGCCAGUGUUUUGGAGCAACUUGGCCCCUACAUCUUUAGGAAUGAAGAGUAAGCAAAGGAAGAAACGGGCAUGAAGCAGCAGUGUGCUUUCUGCCUGUAGUAAAUGUUGGGGACCUCAUUACCAGUGUGUUCACUACAGGAAAGGAGUUCAUGUAUUUUAUAUUAAAUUACCAGUGGUAAAUAGUGAAAAGUUCCCAGUCAGGGCAUGAAUGUUUGUGUGCAUUUUUCUGUGUUUGUGUACAGGUAGAGGCCUUGCGACGAACUGAUCACCCGC